AUGCCCGAAGAUCCAAAGCCUGCAAAAGGCAAGGGAAAGGAUAAAGAUAAGGAGAAGGAGAGUGAAAAGGAAAAGGAAAGGGCUGCUAAAAAGCUCCACAAAGCUAUCGACGGCCUCUCCAAGGAACAAGUGACCCAACUCCUGGACCUCAAUCCCGCCCUCGCAAACGAACUUGGCAGCGGAAGUAAUGAUGACCCCAAUUCUGCCGCUGACGCCCUCAAGCGUCUCAAUCUCCAAGAUAUUAUGACCGGACUAGCUUCGAGCGGGAAGAAUGCUAAGGACAUGGGUGCUUACAAGUUCUGGGCUACCCAACCUGUUCCCAAGUUCGGUGAAGAUGGCGAUGCCGCCGAGCCCGUCGAGGAAGGCCCCAUUAGAAAGCAGACCGUUGACGAAAUCCCGAAGACACCGGCGCCUUUGCUAGAUGGUUUCGAGUGGUCUACCAUAGACCUACUUGAUGAUAACCAGCUAAAGGAGGUCUGGGAAUUGCUAAACGGACAUUACGUCGAGGAUGACGAAGCAAUGUUCCGCUUCAACUAUUCAACCAGCAUUCUCAAGUGGGCUAUGAUGCCGCCUGGAUGGAAAAAGGAAUGGCAUCGAGGAGUUCGAGCCUCGCAAUCCAGAAAAUUAGUCGGUUUUAUCGCUGCUAUCCCCGUCGAAUUGCGCGUUCGGGACAAAGUCCUACAUGCCUCCGAGGUAAACUUCCUCUGUAUACACAAGAAGCUUCGCUCGAAACGUCUAGCUCCCGUCCUCAUCAAGGAGAUCACGCGCCUGUGCAACUUAGAAGGAGUUUUCCAGGCCAUAUAUACCGGUGGCAUUGUUCUUCCCAAGCCUGUUAGCACAUGUCGAUACUAUCACCGAGCCAUCAAUUGGCAAAAGCUAUACGAAGUUGGCUUUAGUCCCCUACCACCGAAUAGCAAACCUCAGUUCCAGAUAAGGAAGUACGCCGUUCCGGAUCGAACCUCAAUUCGGGGACUUAGAGAGAUGCAGAAGAAAGAUAUUGGUGCUGUCCAAGACCUCCUCACGCGAUACCUGGCCAAGUACGACUUGGCUGCCGAGUUUGAUAAGCAGGAAGUUGAACAUUGGCUACUACAUAAUAAGAAGAAUGCUCUGGAGGAACAAGUCGUCUGGACUUACGUCGAUGAGCACAAGAAGAUCACUGACUUUAUCUCAUUCUACUGCCUCGAGUCUUCGGUUAUUGGUAACAGUAAGCACUCGAAUGUGAAAGCAGCAUACCUCUUCUACUACGCGACCGAAACGGGACUCGCCGCUCCCGUUGACAAGGAAGCCCUGAAAUCCCGUCUCAACGCUCUAGUCUCAGACUCUUUGGUAUUUUGCAAACAGUACCAGUUUGACGUAUACAACGCCCUCUCGCUGAUGGAUAAUGGCCUGUUCCUCGAAGAACAAAAGUUUGGUCCGGGAGAUGGACAGUUACACUAUUACCUAUUCAACUACCGGGCGAAUCCGAUAGCAGGUGGUGUUGAUAAGAGGAACCGCUUAGACACCGAGGCACUAAGUGGCGUUGGGAAGACGCAAAUUUGAACCUAUGUGGGCACAUCCAAUGGAACGGAUGAUAUGGCAUAAGGCCUUUGGCAGAUACCUGCGUAGGUAGGCGGCAUGUACUUUAUAGCGGAUUCUUUUGGGGGGCGAUACCCUUCGUCUCAGGGGCUCGCUAGCCAGACCGACUUAUCGUGGCCAGGCGUUGCAUGAUUCCAUAUGGAAUUCUCCGUGUCGGAUCUACAGGGACGCCGGC